GCUUUGUCGUCAGAGCAGCCCCAGCCUCCCUCCUGCACACAUCUCCUCUCUGCUCUGCACCAGAAACGAGCACUCUCAUCUUUCCUUCUCUUUUUCCUACCCUCGCUCUCUCCGUUCAGAUAGUGCGUGAGCUCAGAAUGAGGUUAGCGGCACCAACGGCACCAGCAGCAGAUAGAGACAGCAGAGGCACACUCACUGCAGCAGCCAGGAGAGGCUGUCCUUCAGCCGUGCACUAUCUACCGCUGCAUUCACUCCUGCCCUAAGAAGGCAACACUCAUUCCUGUGCUCUCUCUCAGCCUGCUCCUCUCUCCUCCUCCAAAUUCAUCUUCUGAAUUUGUCCCCCCCCAUCUCUCUUUCUCUCUUUCUGUGUAGCGGUGAUGGAGAAGACCACCAUGUAGAGACGGAGAAGCAGAGGAGGCAAGAGCAGAAUUGCAGCAAUGGGAAGCCACACAUGGAGUGGGUCUGGACGGCAGCCGUGGUGAGCCUGAGACCAACAGGACUUGAAACCACCAUUAUUACCCUUCUCAGGACCUAACCACUGGGGCUGUCCAACGCUUACCUGGAUGCUCCCCACUUGUGAUUUAUCAUUCCCUCUUCUCUCCCUGCUCCAUUUCUCUUUUUUCUCGUCUUCUUGACUUAGCUUUUUUUUUAAUUUUGUCUUUUUCAUUCCUGAUAUUUGUGGCUACUUAAACAGAAGCAACUCAUCACUCUGUUCCCUUAGGAUUUUUUUGCCCACUUUUUUUCUUCGUCUGCCGACUUCAACCCUCAAGGGUAAUUUUUUUUUCCUCCUCCUUUUUUGGUCAUUUUUGGCUUUUUAAAAACCUAUUUUUUGGAGAUUCUUUUGGAUGGGACUGAGCUCUGCUGUGCAAUCUUUUUAUUCUACAAGCAAUAACAAAUAUCAGUCUGACUGACUCAACUAGUUGACAUCAUGGGGGACAUGUCCAAUAGCGAUUUUUAUGCCAAGAACCAAAGAAACGAGGGCAACCAUGCAGCAGGCUUUGGCUGCUCGCUCAUGGAGCUGCGCUCGUUGAUGGAACUGCGUGGCACAGAGGCGGUGGUCAAGCUCCAAGAAGAUUACGGGGGAGUAGAGGGACUGUGCAAACGACUCAAAACCUCACCCACUGAAGGUCUUGUAGGUGUCCAAACUGAUCUGGACAAGAGAAAAGAAAUAUUUGGUAAAAACCUCAUACCUCCAAAAAAGCCAAAAACCUUCCUCCAGCUGGUAUGGGAAGCCCUGCAGGAUGUCACCCUUAUCAUUUUGGAGCUUGCUGCCCUAAUCUCCCUGGGCCUUUCCUUCUAUCACCCCCCUGGGGAGAGCGGCGGAGAGAUGUGUGGAUCAGCUGCAGGAGGAGUGGAGGAUGAAGGAGAAGCAGACGCUGGAUGGAUUGAGGGCGCCGCCAUCCUGUUAUCCGUUGUGUGUGUGGUCAUCGUAACAGCCUUCAAUGACUGGUCGAAGGAGAAACAGUUCCGGGGACUGCAGAGCCGCAUUGAGCAGGAGCAGAAAUUCCAGGUUGUCCGUGGCAGCCAGGUCAUACAGUUGCCCGUAGCUGACAUAUUGGUGGGGGACAUUGCACAAAUCAAAUAUGGUGAUCUUCUUCCUGCUGAUGGAGUGUUGAUCCAGGGUAAUGACCUGAAGAUUGAUGAGUCAUCACUGACCGGAGAGUCUGAUCACGUCAAAAAAGCUGCAGACAAGGACCCCAUGCUGUUGUCUGGAACCCAUGUAAUGGAGGGCUCGGGCCGCAUGGUGGUGACUGCUGUCGGUGUCAACUCUCAGACUGGAAUCAUCUUCACCUUAUUGGGAGCUGGUGUGGAAGAAGAGGAGAAGAAAGAGAAGAAAGGAGGGGCAGUGGAAGAUGGACUCCAGAACACAGACUGCUCCCAUCCCCCUAUCCACCCCAUUGCAACUAUAGCCACGGAUGGGGCUGCAGGCAUUAAUGCCACAAGCAGUGCCAGCCUAAUUAAUGGUAAAAUGCAAGAUGGCAAUAUGGAGAGCAACCAGAUUAAAGUGAAGAAACAGGAUGGAGCAGCUGCCAUGGAGAUGCAGCCUCUAAAGAGUGCUGAAGGUGGAGAGGCCGAUGAGAAAGAGAAAAAGAAAGUAUCAGCCCCAAAGAAAGAGAAGUCUGUGCUGCAAGGGAAGCUGACCAAACUGGCUGUCCAGAUUGGCUAUGCAGGUUUGGUCAUGUCUUCUAUUACUGUCACAAUCUUGGUCCUGUAUUUCGCCAUUGACAACUUUGUGAUGAAGAAGCGCCCGUGGAUGGCAGAGUGCACUCCUAUCUACAUUCAGUAUUUUGUCAAAUUCUUCAUUAUUGGUGUGACUGUGCUGGUGGUGGCAGUGCCAGAGGGGCUGCCUCUGGCUGUCACUAUCUCCCUGGCAUACUCUGUCAAGAAAAUGAUGAAAGACAACAACCUUGUGCGUCACCUGGAUGCAUGUGAAACGAUGGGCAACGCCACAGCCAUCUGCUCUGACAAGACAGGCACACUGACCACCAACCGCAUGACAGCUGUGCAGUGUUACAUUGGAGAUGUGCACUACAAAAAAAUCCCUGACCCAGGAGUGUUGCCACCCAAAUCACUGGAUUUAUUGAUCAAUGCCAUUGCAAUUAACAGCGCCUACACGACAAAGAUUCUGCCUCCAGAUAAGGAAGGUGGUCUGCCAAAGCAAGUGGGCAACAAGACAGAGUGCGGUUUGCUAGGAUUGAUCUUGGACUUGAAACGUGAUUACCAGCCAAUUAGAAACCAGAUCCCAGAAGAAAAGCUUUACAAAGUCUACACCUUCAACUCCGUCCGGAAGUCCAUGAGCACGGUCAUCAAACUUCCUGAUGGGAGCUUCCGCAUGUACAGCAAAGGAGCCUCUGAGAUUGUACUUAAAAAAUGCAGCCAAAUCCUCAACGAAGUGGGUGAGCCGAGGGUUUUCCGUCCACGAGACAAAGAUGAAAUGGUGAAGAAGGUGAUCGAGCCCAUGGCAUGUGACGGCCUCAGAACCAUCUGUGUGGCGUACCGCGACUUUCCUGGUGAUCCUGAGGCCAACUGGGAUGACGAGAACAACAUCCUCAAUGAUCUCACAGCUAUUUGUGUUGUGGGAAUAGAGGACCCUGUCAGACCAGAGGUGCCUGAUGCUAUUCAAAAGUGCCAGCGAGCAGGAAUCACUGUGCGAAUGGUGACGGGAGACAACAUCAACACAGCCAGGGCCAUAGCAAUCAAGUGUGGCAUCAUCCAUCCAGGAGAAGACUUCCUCUGCAUUGAUGGCAAAGAGUUCAACAGGAGGAUUCGCAAUGAGAAAGGAGAGGUAGAACAAGAACGCAUUGACAAAGUAUGGCCCAAACUCAGAGUUCUGGCCAGAUCCUCCCCAACCGACAAGCAUACGCUUGUGAAAGGCAUCAUUGACAGCACUAUGGCAGACCAGAGGCAAGUGGUUGCUGUGACAGGUGAUGGGACAAAUGAUGGACCCGCUCUCAAGAAGGCGGAUGUUGGGUUUGCUAUGGGUAUAGCUGGUACAGAUGUGGCCAAGGAGGCGUCAGACAUUAUCCUCACCGACGAUAACUUCAGCAGCAUCGUGAAGGCUGUUAUGUGGGGACGAAACGUCUACGACAGCAUUUCCAAAUUUCUUCAAUUCCAGCUCACCGUCAAUGUUGUGGCUGUCAUAGUAGCUUUCACCGGAGCCUGCAUUACACAGGAUUCCCCGUUGAAAGCAGUGCAGAUGUUGUGGGUAAAUUUGAUAAUGGAUACGUUUGCCUCUCUGGCCCUGGCAACAGAGCCUCCCACCGAGUCGCUGCUGAAGAGGAAGCCGUAUGGUCGCAAUAAGCCUCUCAUCUCCAGCACUAUGACAAAAAACAUACUAGGACAUGCAGUGUAUCAGCUCAUUAUUAUCUUCACACUUCUAUUUGUCGGUGAGCAGAUUUUCGACAUCGACAGCGGACGUGAUGCCCCUCUUCACUCCCCUCCUUCAGAACAUUAUACCCUUAUAUUCAACACAUUCGUCAUGAUGCAGCUAUUUAACGAGAUAAAUGCCCGCAAAAUACACGGAGAGAGGAAUGUCUUUGAUGGAAUCUUUAGGAACCCUAUUUUCUGCUCCAUCGUUUUUGGCACGUUUGUAGUACAGAUUGUGAUUGUGCAGUUUGGAGGGAAGCCGUUCAGCUGUCAACCUCUGAACUUGGAGAAAUGGAUGUGGUGUGUUUUCCUUGGGCUUGGAGAACUUGUUUGGGGACAGGUGAUAGCUACCAUACCCAAUAUCAAGCUACGCUUCCUGCGGCGGGCAGGACAGUUAACCCGUAAGGAUGAGUUACCAGAAGAGGAUGUGAAUGAAGAAAAUGAGGAAAUUGACCACGCAGAGCGAGAGCUGAGGAGAGGACAAAUCCUAUGGUUUAGAGGACUCAACCGCAUUCAGACACAGAUUGAAGUAGUCAACACCUUCAAGAGUGGCACCUCCUUUCAGGGGGCAGGGGCUCUGAGACGCCAAUCAUCCACCACCAGCCAGACCCAGGAUGUAACCAAUGUUUCUAGUCCUAGUCACGUGUCCUUGUCCAAUGCCCUUUCCUCUCCUACAAGCACUACUGCUGCUACUGCUCCUCCCACUACUGGCCAGUGCUAGGAGCGCAGGACUAAGGGUGAAACCCACGGCGUGACAUUUCAGAUUCGAGUUGUGAAUGCAUUCCGUAGUUCCCUCUACGAAGGCCUGGAAAAACCGGACUCGAAAACAUCUAUUCAUAAUUUUAUGACGCAUCCCGAGUUUAGAAUUGAUGACUCCACACCCAGUAUUCCCCUCAUUGACGACACGGACGAUGAUUCCGCCCGCAGAAGGAGGAAGUACUCCAGCCAGCCCUCGUCUCCGAACAAGAACAACAACGCCAUCGACAGCGGCAUCAAUCUCACUAUCGACAUCAGUAAAUCCGCCGCUUCCUCCAGCCCCGCCAGUCCUCUGCACAGCUUGGAGACCAGCCUCUAACCCUGAUCCCAAACUCAGCUCUGACCUCUAAAGUCAUUCCCUUAUGGUACAAGAGGACCUCUUCAUGCUCCUCCAGACUUUAAAGUGUGACCACGCACUUUCUAAAAAUCCCCGCCCCCUAAAACGCCACACACCACCAACACAGGGCAGGUCCUGUGGGAAAACAUCCAUCCUGUAACUUUGAGCCCAUAAAACUCCCCUCCUCUUUUAAAUUGAAAAGUUCUUAAUGCUACGACAGGAUUAAAAGAAUAACAUACAAUCAAAAAAGCUUAAAGCCACAGAAUCUACACAGCCAUCCUGCUUUUGUGGUUGUAUGUGUAUGGUGGCAGCCGUGGUGGUGUGUCUGACUAUUUUCUUGUACUGGUAAGCAUGUACUGUAUAGGCGUGUUGCUGCUUGCUACACGUAUGUAUGAACUGUGUCUGCAGUGGCACGGGGGAGGACGAAGGAGAGGAGGGAGACCGCUGGGAAGUAAAAACCACAAAACAGAACAGACUUUAAAACGCUCCUUAAACUCCUUCUCUUCAAUAACAUUGUUAAUACAGAUACAGUAAUAGUUUAAAUUAAAUUACAACUGUUAUUAUUCUUAUUCUGAUUAUUAUUGUUAUUAUUCUUAUGGCUCCUGCAUGAAUGUACAUUACCCAAGUUUUAUUUCAAAGGGUUUUGAUUUGAAUGGAGUUGUUUUGUUCUGAUUGGAUGGCCUGACGGGCCUUGCUAUGGACUGCAAAAUUCAGAGACAGCUUCAAAGUUCUGCAAAACUUCUGCUGUACAGCUUGAACAAUGUACCGGACUGUAAAAAUUAAUUUUCAUCCAUAAAGAGAGAUGUGUGGAGGUGGUAGGGGCUUUACUUGCACAGUAGUUUUGCACCUGUUGGAAAAGAGGAAGGCAACUCAAUAAUAGGGAUGAUAGCAUUUAUGGGAUAUAUUCUAUUCAUAAAAAUAUUUAGAGAGAGUUUAUCUUUGUUGGCAUGUUGCCUUGUUCCUGCUUCAAUGGCUCAAAUUACUUUUGACUUAUUUAUGUCUUAAAAAGAAUGUAAUUGUUUACAACCUCAUAGAGAUCCUGGUUUCUAAAAGGAGACAGGCGAAGUUGGGGCUCGGAGUUAUGUCGGUGUGUUAUUACUGAAAACCUAUGUUCUGGAAAUUGCCUGCUAUAUUGUCAGAUACUGUAGAUAUUUUUAGAGGAUUAACAACAAAAAGAAACCAAAAUAUAUUGGGAUGCAUAUUUCAUGUCAAAUCUUAGUAUUACUCUAUGAUUGUUGGCAUCAAGUAGGAGCGCCACUGCCUUUAGUUUUUCUUAACUGAGGCCUCCUUUUUGUGACAGAGGAGGAUGUUUUUUUUCUUCUUCAUUGCUUUCUUUCUUUAUCUUUGAAAUAUGUUCAUUGCUAGAGUGAACGGCUCACAUUAGGACCUUUUCCUUUAACUGUCCUCCUGGAAACCCUGCCUGCUUAAAGGACUUGAUGUUUAAAGAAAUGUGUAACUGUAAAAAGGUAUCAGCAGAGUCAUAGUAGAAGUUUCAACAUUUCUCUUUGGAUUACCACAAGGAAAUAAGACAUAUAUAUUUUUUUUCGUUUUGAAUUUAUUGUGUCUCCUUUUUUUUGUUUUAUUUAAACAGAGAGAUACUCACAAACCAACAAAAGAUGUUGGCAUUUCCAGCAUCGGGGGGGGGAAAAAAGGAGUAAUACGGGCAAAAAAGGAAAACAAAUUACAACAAAAAUGGAAUGUUGCUUUGACUCUUUUUCUAUAUAUAUUUAAGAAAAAAAAUCUGCACUAUCUGGUUAUGAAUGAAAACUUCUGUGGUGUAACUUUCGAUGUGCUUUUGUGUGUUUUAACCAAGCUUGUCUUCCUGCCGUCACAGAAUAUAACAGUACUCUAGCAUCUCAA